AUGAACGACAUUGACGCUGCCAACCUUCUAUUCGAGCUCACUGGAAUCACAGACGAUGACAUGGGAGGAGAGGUAGCACACGCUUUGGAUUACCAACCACUUGCACUAGCCAGCGCAGGAGUCUACGUGAGAAAGGUGCGAAAUACCAAUCCAGCCUUUGGCUGGGAGGGGUACUUAGAAAAACUAGGGAAAGGCAAACGUGAACUCACUGAAAAGGAACUUGCCAAAGUAAACAGUAUCUACCCGAACUCUAUGACUGUAGGGACCAAGAUAGCUCUUGAAACGGUAAUGGAUUCUGAUGAAAUAAUGAAGCACGCUUUCACUUUUCUUGCUUUUUGUGCACCAGAGCCAUUGAGGUUAGACGUGUUAACCACUUACCUUGUAAAUGCUGAUGGAGAGUUGGAUGAAGAGGACAUAGGCAUUCAGAUUCAAGGGUCUUCCCUGUUGCUAAUCGAAAAGUAUGAUGAUGUCAACAUUCGUUUACACAAGGUGGUACACGAUAUUGUCAAGCGUUUAGUUAAAGACCAAAUGGAGGCUAAUGAACGUGCCCGGGUUGCUUGUAUCGCAAUGGGGUCAUGCAGUCAGUACAUUCACGAAGCAAUACCACAGAUCCUGCAGGGUGAAGAUUCUGUGUGUGGAAGCAGACAUAUUGUUCCACACUUAAAAACUCUAGCUGUAGGAAUUACAAACAUUAUCUCUACUGAAGAGCAAUUCGGUCUCAUCAAAAACACUAUUCUAAAUAUACACAAUUCCAUAGAUAACUUUGAGAUGCUUGCUCAUGUUUGCUACUUGCACAGCGAGUACGUGUCAGCAAUGAAGUAUUUCAGUGUAGCUUUAAAACUCAUUGAGGAAAAUACGAUAAGAACAGGGCCCGACCAUGCUCAGCGGGUCGCGCGUUUUUACCAUAACAUGGGUCUCCUACAUAGGCUUUUGGGUGACUAUCAACAGGCCAAGGAGUACUAUGAACGUACCUUGUCCAUGCGACUGAAUAAGCUUGGACCCGACCAUGUUGACGUCGCGUACACUUACCAUAUUAUGGGUACACUAUAUCGCCACAUGGGUGACCAUCGACAGGCCAAGGAGUAUUAUUUACGUGCCCUGUCCAUACGACUAAAUAAGCUUGGACCCGACCAUGUUGUUGUCGCCCAUACUUACCAUCACAUGGGUACCCUACAUCGCGACUUGGGUGACCUUCGACAGGCCAAGGAGUAUUAUGUACGUGCCUUGUCCAUACGACUGAAUAUGCUUGGACCCGACCAUGUUGACGUCGCGCAAACUUACCAUCACAUGGGUACCCUACAUCGCUACUUGGGUGACCAUCCACAGGCCAAAGAGUUUUAUGAACGUGCCCUGUCCAUACAACUGAAUAAGCUUGGACCUGACCAUGUUGACGUCGCGAGGACUUACCAUAACAUCGGUAUCCUACAUCGCGACUUGGGUGACCUUCAAAAGGCCAAGGAGAAUUAUGAACGUGCCCUGUCCAUACGACUGAAUAAGCUUGGACCCGACCAUGUUGACGUCGCGGAUACUUACCACAGCAUGGGUAUCCUACAUCGCGACUUGGGUGACCUUCAAAGGGCCAAGGAGAAUUAUGAACGUGCCCUGUCCAUACAACUGAAUAAGCUUGGACCCGAACAUGUUGACGUCGCGGACACUUACCACAGCAUGGGUAUCCUACAUCGUGACUUGGGUGACCUUCAAAAGGCCAAGGAAUGUUAUGAAGGUGUCCGGUCCAUAAAACGGAAUAAGCUUGGACCCGACCAUGUUGACGUCACGUCACGGAACUGUCGCGUUUGUUAG